AUGCCGCCAAAGAAGAAGUCGAAUAAGAAGGGUGACGACUGGGAGUCGGAGUUGGGAGAACCAGCUGCCACAGCGCCGCCACAAGAUAACGCCGACACACCUGCAGAAGCAGAUGCUGAGGAGGAGUUCCCAGCAGGAGGCCUCAUGGCCAUGAUGAGGAAAAGACAAAAAAAGAAGAAGGGGGCCCAGCAAGAGGACUCUUUCCAGGGAGAGGAUGCGCCAAUGGAGGAACCAGACCUGGCCGAGAAAGCGCCCGUUGAAGCUUCAUUAGAAGACGAGUUCGCUCUUCCUGAUAAGAAAGGGAAGGGGAAAUCUGCAUUGGAUAAAGCAGCAAAAGCAGCAAGAGCAGAUGACGACGACGACGAGAGGGGGGCUGAUGGCAAGGUCCUAACCAAAGCUCAGAAGGAAAAGCUUAAAAAAGAGCGCGAAAAACAAAGAAAGAAGGAAAACGCCGCUAAAAAGAAGACUCCUGCAACCAGUGCAAAAGCUCCUGAAAGUGUCAAGCCAAUCCCAGAUGUAAAUGUCGAUGAGCAAGGUCCUAUAAAGACCCCUGGUGGUGGGGUAAAAGGGAAGAAACUUCCUGCUGCGUUAGCCAAGCUUCAGCAACAGCAAGAAGAAUUGAAACGUCGUGAGGAGGAGAAAGCUAGAGCUCUGGCAGAGGAGAAAGCCCGGAUCGAGGAGGAAGAGAGACGAGAAGCAGAAGAGGAGAAACGAAAAGAGGAGGCUAAGGCGCUGAAGAAACAAAAGGAGAAAGAGAGAAUUGAGCAACAGAAGAAAGAUGGCACUUAUCUCACCAAGGCGCAGCGGGAGGAGAAGCUCAGAAACGAAAUGAAGCUGAAGCAGAUGAUUGCUGCUGGUGUUAAAGUUGGCGGCCCCGAAGGUGGAGAAAAAAAGAAGGCUGUUUAUGACAAAAAGAAGAAGGGUGGGCGGAAAAACCCUGAAGAAGCUAAGCUAGAAGAAGAGAAGGCUCUUGCGGAAGCUGCUGAACGGGCACGCAAAGAAGCUGAACAAAAAAUUGCAGAAGCUGCUGCAAAGGCUGAAAAGGAGGCUGCUGAAGCAGCUGCGGUCGCCGCAAAGAAGGGCGACCAAAGUGACCUGGAUGAUGAUUGGGAGGUAGCGGCUGCAGAGAGUGAGGACGAUAUCAAAGACAGCUGGGAUGCCGAAUCCGAUGUCGAGCGAGAGAAGGCUGUUGCUAAGAAAGCUGCUUCGGCAGGUUCUGGGUCAAAAGAACUGCCAGUCCGUGAGGCCAAGGCCGAGGAAUCAGAGACUGAGUCGGACUCGGAAUCAGAUGAAUCUUCUGAGGACGAGGAAGCUACAGCUGCUCAGCUUGCUGCUGCUCAGAAGAAGAAAGAGGCCGCCGAACGACGUGAGAAGGCGCACGAAGCAGCAAUGGCUGCUAGGUCAAAGGACAAUCUUCGCUCUCCCAUAUGCUGUAUCCUCGGACACGUCGAUACAGGCAAGACUAAGCUACUGGACAAGAUUCGACAGACCAACGUUCAGGAGGGAGAGGCAGGAGGUAUUACACAACAAAUUGGUGCUACGUACUUCCCUGUUGAGGCCAUACGACAAAAAACACAAGUUGUGAAUCGAGACAACAGCUUUGAUUUCAAGGUGCCUGGUCUUUUGGUCAUCGACACACCAGGUCACGAGUCUUUCUCCAACCUGAGAUCCCGAGGGUCGUCACUCUGUAACAUCGCAAUUUUGGUAGUCGACAUCAUGCAUGGACUGGAGCCACAAACGCUGGAAUCUAUGAAGCUGUUGCGCGAUCGAAAGACUCCUUUCAUUGUUGCCCUCAACAAGAUCGAUCGUCUUUACGGUUGGAAAAAGGUCGACAAUAACGGAUUUCAGGAGAGUCUGGCUUUACAGAAUAAAGGUGUUCAGAACGAAUUCAACAAGCGGUUGACUGACACCAAGGUCGCUUUUGCCGAGCAAGGAUUCAACUCCGAGUUAUUUUACGAGAAUAAAUCCAUGGCGAAGUUUGUUUCCCUGGUACCCACAUCUGCACACACUGGUGAAGGCAUCCCUGAUAUGCUCAAAUUAAUCCUCCAACUCACCCAAGAGAGAAUGGUUGGCUCUUUGAUGUAUCUUUCCGAGGUACAGGCAACUGUCCUCGAAGUCAAGGCCAUUGAAGGGUUUGGCAUGACAAUCGACGUCAUUCUCUCCAACGGUAUAUUGCGAGAGGGUGAUCGUAUAGUUCUCUGCGGUGUAGAAGGAGCUAUCACAACAAAUAUUCGCGCUCUCUUAACCCCGGCGCCCCUGAAGGAGUUGCGUCUCAAAUCACAGUACGUCCACAACAAGGAAGUGAAAGCCGCUCUGGGAGUUAAGAUCAGUGCACCUGGACUGGAGGGCGCAAUUGCAGGAUCGAGAUUGAUGGUCGUUGGUCCGGAUGAUGAUGAAUCUGAUAUCGAAGAAGAGGUGUUAUCAGAUCUGGGUGCGCUCUUCAAGCGUGUGGAAAAAUCAGGUCGCGGUGUCACCGUCCAAGCAUCCACUCUUGGCUCUCUCGAAGCACUGCUCGAUUUCUUGAAGGUAUCCAAAAUACCUGUCGCCAACGUCGGUAUUGGUCCGGUCUUUAAACGAGAUGUCAUGAAUUGUGGAACCAUGCUCGAGAAGAACAAGGAAUACGCCGUUAUGCUGUGCUUCGAUGUGAAGAUCGAUAAGGAAGCACAGCUUUACGCGGAUGAGCAAGGAAUUAAGAUUUUCACCGCCGAUAUUAUUUACCACCUUUUCGAUGCUUUUACGGCACACAUGGCGCUUAUCGCGGAGAAGAAAAAGGAAGAGUCCAAGCACGACGCCGUAUUUCCGUGCGUUCUCAACACAGUAGCUGUGUUUAACAAGACUGGCCCUAUCGUGGUGGGUGUGGAUGUCGUCGACGGUAAUCUUAGGAUGCACACUCCAAUCGCUGCGGUCAAGCAGAAUGCUAUCACCGGAAUAAAGGAGAUCGUUGGCAUUGGUAGAGUUACCGGCAUUGAGCGCGACCAUAAGCAGAUCCAGAUAUGCAAGAAAGGACAGCCAUCUGUUGCCGUGAAGAUCGAAAUGUCUGGCCACCAGCCAACAUAUGGCCGACAUUUAGAGGAGAAAGAUACCUUGUACUCUCUCAUUUCCAGAAAGAGUAUCGACGUACUGAAGGAGUUCUACAGGACGGAUGUAUCAAAUGAGGAGUGGCUGCUGAUCAAGAAGCUGAAGCCAUUAUUUGAUAUUCCUUAA